AUGGCUGAUCAACCCGAGGCUUCUUCCAGUAGCAGAAAUUCUCAUGGAAAUACCAGGACAGAUAACGUGGAUAUUGAUGUUACUCCAAAGCUGAGAAGCUUACAUAUCUCGGAAACUGCUAAACCUCUGAAAUCAGUGGGAACAUCAUUUGAAGUUGCAAAGAGUAAGUCGAGAAUCGCCAUAGAAUUUCAUAAAAAUGUUUGUAAACUAGUGUGGACUCAUCUUUCUUGUAUUGAUAAAACCUCGAUACCUCAUAUUGAGAUCGAAAUGAAAUUUGGUGUAAUAACAGACAAAAAAACACACCGCAGAAUAAUAGUGCCACGCAACAACCCUUCCAUUGUUCAAAACAGAACUAGUCGGUUAAUAUCUAACGUCUCUAAGAAAACAUUUACAAGUUUUCAAGAGUCCUUCCUUUUGCAACCAAAUAAUCCAAGUAAAAGUACGCCAAGGGUAGUUCAACAGAUACACACGCACACUAAAGAUUCGAUAUAUAACUGCAAAAGUAUUUCGAAAUCCGAUAAAUUAGCUUCUUGGCGUUGCUCAGAAAACCUAAAAAGCAAAGAACUAAAAGGUACUUACGUCAAAAAGAUUCGCAUCAAGGAUUUUCUUAUACACUACCCUCAUAGUUUAUUAGACGCUAAAAUAAGCAUCAGUCUCGAAGUACCUCAACACGCGGCGUCUGCAGUUUUCAAGGAUCAUCCUUCAAUCUUACAAAGAUUCAAAAAUCGCUCCACGUUCUGCUUCAGUAAUAAAGUACCUUUACAUCUGGAUUUGACUAAAGUUACUACUAAACGAAGUGGUUCUUCCCGUCGAUCGACGUCACAUGAAGUGGAGAUAGAAAUGGAUCCCAUAUUUAAGGAGGCAGUUAUUGCUAAGGAUAAGGAAAAAUUCAGUGAAUACAUGUUCUUGUUUUUGAAUACAAGUGACCUCAUACGUAAGGCAGGCGAAUGUAUGGAUAUAGUGGUGACACAAGAAUGCUAA